AUGGCAGGUGGUUCCGUUGGUGUAUUUCGUGGGUGCUCAGUCAUCAGUUCCCGCAACGUUGAUAUUGCCAGGUGUCUUACUGAAGCAUUGGAUGUGGAAAACGAAGUGACGAGCUCAGUGUAUUUUACGAAACAGAGCACAGCCGAUUACGUGGGUAUACGAGAUACCACGACCAAUGGGAGUGAAGAAGAUGUAGAGCCGAAAACGGAUGCUGAGACCGAUGAGAAUCGAGGAGAAAAUGACACAGAACUUGGAGAUGCUACCGACACAGUGGGCAGCAGAGACCGGAGAAUGAACUCGCGUUAUUCUACCGAAAAGAGCGGAGGUACUGAAGAACGCAGUGAGGAUCCAGUGAGUAUCGGAACGGAAGGAAAUGCUGGUCAAUGA